AUGCUUAGAACCUUGACAAGACAGCCUGCUUCUCGCUUCUUCUUGAACAACAUCACAAGGAGCGCACCAAAAUCAGCCGUGAGAUUCAAUUCCAGCAAUUUCCGCGUUAACACCCAAUCUCAUGUCUGGAAAUACCACGAGGAAGGUCCUCAAUACGUGAAAUUUACCAACGAACACGAGUGGUUAGCUGUGCACAAGGAUAAUUCAGCCUUCAUUGGAAUCACCACAUAUGCCUCAGAGGCUUUAGGUGACACUACUUUCGUCGAAUUACCUGAAGUGGGAGUCACUUACGAGGUAGGCGAUUCCAUCGGUUCCGUGGAGAGUGUCAAGAGUGCGAGUGAGAUCUAUGCCCCAGUUGCAGGCGAAGUGGUUGCAGUGAACGAAGAUUUGGAAAGUAGACCACAGUUGAUUAAUGAGGAUCCUAUGGGAGGCGGCUGGAUCGCUCAGUUUAAAUUGGCGGAAUCUGCUGACGCUGUGGCGGCUAAGGAAGAAUUGAUGGAUGAAGCUGCCUACGAGGCAAGCUUAUCUGAACAUUGA